AUGACAUUGAACGGUGCUGCUCUCCCCCCCAGAAAGUCUCACGACGAUUCUAGCCGCCUUAGUCAGGACUUCGACCAUCGUGAACGAUCUACCGGCCGUGGUGGUGCCGGAAACUUUUCAAGUGCCGAUUCGGUUCAUCAGGAAGACGAAGAAGAUUUUGCCACUCCGACCAUUAAGAGCUCUAUCUACACAUCUGGACGUGGAGGGACCGGUAAUAUGCAGGACAACGACUUUGAACACCCAGAGUACGCUCGCGCUGCUCAAGACGUCGAGAUGCUUCCCCGUCGUCCAUCCACCUCCGACUACCAUGGUGGUCGCUCAGGUGCUGGCAAUGUCUUUCACCCAUCCGAUGAGGAGUUCAUCGCUGCCGAAGAGUACGAACGUCGUGUCAAAUAUGAUAGAACCGUACCUGUCGAUCACUCUCGUCACGACUACCGAGGAUGGGCUGAUAAAGGCAAAGACUUCCUCUUUGGCCGUCGCCGCAAAUGA